CGGGAGCCGGCGCGGGCCGAGCGCGGGUGCCGCACCCCCUGUCUGCACCAAUCACCUCCCGCAGCCCUGCCGGGAGGGGCCGGCCCAGGCGGUCUGCCCGCCCCGGGGUCCCUCCGGCCGGCGGGCCGAGCCGUGGGAGGGUGCAGCGGGAGCGAGGGACGGGCGCUCGGGAAGGGGCAUCGCCCGCUCCGAGGGGCGGGCCAGAAGGAGAGGCCGAGCGAGGACCUGGCGACCCCGUCGAGCCCUCCCUGGGACUGCGCACCGGCCUCCGGCUCCACAGGCUGCCCCAGCCCCGCGUCUCGGCCCUGCCGGCAGCCGCUUUCCCCUGCGGUGCACCGGGAGAGCCCUUUCCGUGCUCGGACAGCCGGGCCUCUAAACCGGUGCUAGCCUCGACCUUCCGGUGCUGUGCUCGCACCGUGCCGGGAGUGCUGUGCUCCCGUAGCCCCCCACAGCAGUGUGGCACGGGAGGGAGCCUGCUGUCAGGAGGGCAGACUGUCCCGGGGUGCGUCUGCUCUUGGCCGGCUUUCCUCCAAUACAGCUGGCACUGCACCAAACAGCACCGAGCGGUUGGAUGGUGGAAAGUACUGUUCCCAUGAAAUGUCACAGCCAGAACACCCCUUCAGAUGUCCCAGCUGCUCCCGGGCUUGCUGCAGCCUGAAGAUGAACCAUCUUGCAGCCUGUUGAGCACAUGUCGCUACUUGUGCUUCUUGGUCUCUGCCUCACCACAUCAAAAUUACCAUUACACCUUCUCUGGCUUUCCUGUGCCUGGCACUGCUUGGUCACUUUGGAGAUGGUGACUCUCAGUGCUGGCUGGUGACGCUGGCUGGGGCUCUGUGGGAUCACCUCCCUGCCUGCUUCCCCUCCUUCGUGGGAGAUCCCCCGCCUGCCUCUGAACAACUGCAUUAUCCUCCUCCAAAUCCCUCUUUGGCCGUGACGUCUGCAGAGCACUUGACUGAGAUUAGUCUGUCAUGUGGAGGUUCUUACUCCCCCACUGACCUGUGCUUUCCCUUCUGUGGCUGCUCUUGCCUUGUGUCUCUUCCCUGCUUGUGCAGCUGGCGGCAGCACGGGCUCUGCUCCUGUGCUGUGUGAGACCAGAGUUCUGGGGGAACAUGGAACAUGAGCAGUUCCUUGUUCUGGCUGCUCAAGCACUGACUUCUCCAUCACAGCUUUCUUGCCUGUGCACUGCCCUCUCCAGAACUGUCUCUGACACCACCUGCAUUUCCCUGAUCAGGUUUUUUAGCUGAAUCUUCAUUAUUAUUUUGACAGUAUCAAUAAAGCAAAAGAUUUUAUGUUGGUCUAGCAUCCAGCUGUGAAGCUGUGAGGCCACCAGGAUCAGAGUUCUCUUGAAGGGCUGCCCUUCAAGUCCUGCCUGGAGUGCCCUUUAGUGCCUAUUUUUUAUUGAAAGCAAUAAUUGAUGCUUUUAUGCUGGGCAGGCAGCUGCACAGUGCCCUGAGUGUGAUCCCAGUGUUGUCCCUCAGGCCUUUGUACACUUGGCCCUGGUGAUGCGUGUUUCCUUCAUACCGCCCUGCUUGAAUUUCCUGCUUCCUCCUCACUUGGCAGCAAGUGUCCUUGGAUCAGCACCAGUUUGCUGUGACAGCAAGUUGUGGACCGUUGUUCAAACAAGAGAACAGCAAGGAGCAGGGCUGCCUUGCCACAGCAUUCAGCAUCAACGAAGCACAACUGGAACAGCCUUCAGCCCUGCUGCCAGGUCUCCAGGAGGAAGCUGCAGCUUUGGCAGGGGACUCAGAAUCAAUUUUUGAGUGGCAUCAGUUUAGAAGCUGAGAAAUUGAAGGUGUCAAGGGUUGUUUUCCCAGUAAUUUGGACCUUUUUGAAGCACCUGCUUGCCUAAUGCCAUGAAUAUUGCAGUGAACCAUGAGGAAGAAAAAGCUGUCCAUUCCUGGUCAAGAAUUUCCUCUGCAGGACAGAAAGUUCUGGAGGAAGCCCUCCGAGUCUUCAACCCGAUGUCCAAGGAUCUUUCGGACACAGAGACCCAGCUGGUGGCCUUCAUCCAAGGCCUGAAGGAGGAGGGCUACCAGCCCACGAUUCUGAGGAGUAAGGAUGUGUACGGGUACAGCUCGUGCACGGCAGUCACGCCGACUCAGACGGGAGCAAACACUCAGCGCAACUGUGCCAGCACCACUGAGCCCACCCAGAGUCCAGCCAGGAACUCAGGGGCAAAAGUGGCCCCUUUGCCCACCAGCAUGCCAGUGAGAUCUUUGAAAGUCUCCAAAGGGGAUUCCAGAAAUCUCCUCUUGAGCUCCUUGAAGCAGACAGGAUCUGGCACAUCCAAGGCGGCGACGAUGGGCUUCCCUACAAGCAUGUAUCCUGACGUGUAUCCAGCUAUGAGACUGUCAGUGGUUCUGGAAGCCCUGGUGCCACUGAAAACUGCCACGUCCUGUUUGGAGUCCAAGUACACACAGGGGCGUCUUGGCAUCUCUCCCUCAGACCUUAAACUCCUCAAGACUUCAAGUGCACCAAGGCAGUUUUCUUCAGGCAAGAGCACUAAAAUAACCGAAGGCAAGGGGUACAAGCGUUUGGUUAAGAAAGCACCCGAUUCUGGCACCCGUGCUUUAAAGCUUCUGAAGGGACCAAAGGGGGGAGUGCUGCAGGAGAGCAACGCCUGCAAAGCCUCCGGAGUUCUCAACGGGAGAGUCGCAGGCAGCUCGUCCCAGGACUGCACCACAGCGCCACAGCCCAAGACCUUGAAAAUCAAAGAUAAGGAAGUUCUGCUGGGGAAAACAGAAUGGAAGGACAGCAGCACUUACCAGGAGGGCACUAGGCAGAAGAAGAGAAGAGCUACAGAGGCAAAAGAAGCACCACAGAGGAAAAAAGCAAAUACCAUUCCUGUCCGAAAGAAAAGUCGAAAGGCUCAGAGCACUUUGAACCUGCUAAAAUUCCGGACCAUCAAGGUGGGCAACUCUUCCUCUGAUGAUGAAGUGAGGAGGAGAGCACAGAAGAUUCUUAGGGUCAACUUGUCCCCUGUGAUCCAAAUUCAGCCCUUGUCCCAUUCUCAUAGUGUCCCCUGAAUUUCUUCACUUUGUCACUUUUUUCUGUAAGUAAGUAAAUACGAGCCUGGCACCAGAGCACAGAGAGGCCUAGGAGUGACUCUGUGUCUCUGGUGCCAAUAUGCCCACUAACCUGCAGACAGAGCAGCCCACUCUCAUGCUGUUCCUGCCUGUCUGCCACUGCUGUGCAGAACUGGCUGCAGAAAUCCAAACCCCUGUUUGGGAGUGUGGGACAGUGACUCUGGCCAGCAUUGAGCUGAGCAGGCCAGAGAGCUCACUUCUCACCACCCUUCCCUGAACGUGGCAGGCUGUGCUCUUGUGCAGGGGAGAACACAGGACUUUCUCAUAACAUUGAUGCACUGUGAUAUUGCUCUUUUUCAAGCUGUACAUUUACUGGUUUUAUUUUGAUCAAAUUUUAUAACUUUAUUAUCUAUAUAUCUAUAUAUCCAUAUAUGUGCAUAUGGCCCAGGAACUGUGGGAAGAUGCACUUCCUCCAUCCCUUUGGGAUUGGGUUUGAUAGCUUUUGUUCCUCCUUCCCUUCAGCUAGCCUUUUGUUGAAAGGUGCCAGAAUUCCUUUGUGGUUCAUUGUUGUGACAGUCUGUCCUGGGCUCCCUUGAGCAGCUCAGAGGCAGCAGCAGUGUAGCCACUUGUUUGUCUCCAGAAUGCCAAACAAUCUGGAGAAUUACCAGCUGGUAGUUUUAAUUCUGUUUUCAGUAUAACCUCUGCAUAACAGUGGGGGAGUGUCACAGGGCUGCAAGUCUGUCUGACAUCUUUGGGCACCUCCUCCCUUUGUGGGUAGCAGAAGUUUUGAACACAUGGUAGGGAUUUGCCUCCAAAGAGGAUUCCUCCUCAGCACCCAGCAUUACUCUGCUCUCCUAUACCCCAGGUGCAGCUAUGGAUCACCAGCUGUGACUGUUAGAGCCAAAGGGCUGGAAUUGUUAGCAUGAACUGUGUAGUGUCCUGCCCCCCAUGUAACUGCUCUGCUGUUGCUGGGUGUUCCAGGAGCAGAUCCCAGGGGCUGGUAGAGAACUGUUGGCUUUGGCUGGAGUUAAACCACAACAGAGACACACGCUGUGUUUGAAUGCUUUAGCUACAUCCUGCCAGUCCCAGACUCAGUGGGAUACUUGAGCCUGAGUUAAAGCAGAAAAGUGAAAAAUUUGGGAGCACAUACACCAGCACUUAAACAUAGAGGGUCUCUUUCUGUGGUUUGUGGGGAUGAAGCAGUAGGAGGGGAGAUGGGCAUCAUGUGGGGGGUGGCAGCCUUGCUGUGCCAUCAGGGAUGUUGUGAGAAGGUGUGUGGCAGGUGUGAGAGCUCUGUGUGGAAGGAGGAGUGCAGGCUCUGCCAUCCCUAGGAGGCACUGCAGAACUGCUGCACACGGCUGCUGUCACCUCCCUGCACCGGGCACGCUGUUGGAUCAGAACACGACUCUGUGCUCUCUGCACUCCACAGGGAGGGAUCUACUAAUCCCAGGAGAAACACCUCACUGGAGCAGUUAGUGCUGCUGCUGCUGUCACCUGGAAGGGACAACCUGCUGUCCUGGGGAAAGGAAGAGGCAUUGGGCUGGGUAUGGGCCUGGCUCUGGAUAUUGCUGUCUGCUCAGAUGUCUGCAGCAGUAGUGUAAUCCACUCAUUCUCUCACCAGCUCAAAACACCAGUUGUCUGACCUAAUAAUCUCUGUGGACAUUGGCUGAAGGGAUGAGCUCCCCAGGGAAGUCCCAGGUCCUUAUAUUUGAGCCUCACCCCCAAGCACCUGGUUGGAUUUCAGUGGUUUAUAAAGCGGGUCAGUGUCUGAUCCCCAGCACAGAAAGGAAGACUGGUAUGGAGAGGAGAGAGGAGGUUCAUGACAGGGUGAGAAGGCAGGGAAGUUGAGUGUUCUGAGGUGCAUCUGGGUUCUCCUCUCACCCACAUAGAGCAGGGUGGAGGUUCACUUUCACUGAGCAACCUGGUCUAGUGUAAAGUGUCCCUGCCCAUGGAACAAGAUGGUCUUUAAGAUCCCUUCCAACCCAAGCCCUUCUGUGAUUUUAUGAUUCAGGGAAUGAUUGCAAGCCCUGAACCCCAGACUUGGGUUCUGAGUUGCUGUCAGAGAUCAUAACUUGCAGUGUUUGAGAGUGACCUGUGAAUGCCGCUGCUUGGCUGCCAAGGAGGAGGAAAUAUUUUCUUCUGCUUCUGUGUUUUAAAAUGCCCUGGCAGAGAGUUCCCUGUCCUGACCUGGUGCUGGAUGAACAGGGGCUCUCCAUCACUGUCAACUGGCCAAAAAUUGCUUUGUUCCUUUUGUUCCCACUCCUUCAGACCUUUCUCAUUCCCACGCUCUCAAAUGCCAGGUCUUGAAGUCCUGCACUGGUGUUUCUCUUUUGGGCUGUUUCCCGAGGAGGGCUCUGAACUCCUGCCUGUGGUAUUGCUGUCAGGCUGCUCAGCAGCUUCCCCCGUUCCCAGACCCUUAUAAGGGCACUGAGAGCUGUCUUUGGAGUCUCCUUAUGCAGCACAGGCGUCCCAGCUGAGCCCUUGGCCUCCGCUGGGAAAAACAACGUGCAUCAACAAGGCUGAAUCCAGGUCGGAGCCUCUUUUUAUCCAGCCUGAGUGGGAAGCUGAGCACCUGAGGCCAACUUACCAGGGCACAUCCCUCCUCAUCACUGUGUGUCUUCUCUCAGCUGUACUGCUGCCUGCCUCUUCACUCUUUUCUAUCACCUCUUGUCUUUCACAGCUUGGGUCUCUGCCAGUCAAGGACUUGACUUGUAUUGUUGCUUAACACAUCCAGCACAGCAGCCUUUGUGCUGCCGUGCCUUUCCCAGCACUGAGCUGAGUUCUGUGCGUGCUUAGUGGUGACAGUUUGCCCUGUGUCCUUCCAGGCCACCAGCAAAAGGUGUUCUGCUCCACAGGGAGAGACAAGCUUUGGAAACACCUCUGUGCCACUGAGGCUGCUGCCAGGGAAGUGAGCACACCAUAGCUGUGUGCUCAGGGACUUGCUCAUCACCAGUCCCCUCUCUGUCACUCUCCUGUGCAUCUCUAACAGACCACAGGGCCCUGAGCAGCAGGGCAGUGCUUAACCUCCAUUCCCUGCCCUCCUCUUGCCUCUUCCUCCUCUUGCAGGUGCUUUGGGAACUUGACUGAAAGGGUUGCAGGUUGUUAUAGAGGGGUUUACAGCCUCUGUGCCAAUGCCAGCAACUGCUGCCCUGGUACCAGCCAGCACUGGCAGAGGGGGUGCCUCAGUCUGGCACAGGUUGGCUCCCCCAUCCUUCAGCUCAUGCCCAGGUGUGGGUGCUCCUGGUGCCCUGGGCAUGUAACACUGAUGUGCACGGGGCUGCAGAGGGACUCUGUGUGCGUGUUGCUCUCUGCUGUUCAGGGUAGAUGAAGGGUUUGAUCAAACCAGAGCUACCUAAGACCUGAUCUAGCCAGAGGUCUCCUCCACAGGUCCCUUCUAUCCUGUGUUAGUCUGUGGCAGCUGAGUAACACUUGCAGGGAUCUGUGCAACAGUAACUGGCAGGCACAGAGAAAUGCAUUGCCCAGAGCGCUGUGGUCUCUGCUGAGCAUGUGGUAUGCACCUUGUCCAGACCUGUUUCUGUAUUAGUCACUUUGAAUUCAUCCAAGUGCCUAACCUGGCCUGUGUUGUUCUGGGCACUGUGACAGCAGAGAGCUUUGGAGACUCUCUGAGGAAUGCUUUUAACGCAUGGAUUUGUGCCACUGUCACUUCUAGAAAUGAUUCGGCUAGCGGUCAAAGGGCUCUUCUUCCAACUGAUUUUUUUGGAAAUAAUUUCUCCUUUUGUUCAGCUGCCAAGGAGCAGUUUAUGCUUCCUUUCCACCAGACGAGGUCCUUGAGCUUCCUGCAUGCUUCAGAUGUCCGUCAGCAAGGUCCGUGGGGAGAGCAGCCUGUCCGGCAGGCAGCUGAAGGGGAAGCUGACAUCAGAUACCAGUUGAAAUCACAAGUUAAUUGGUAGAAAUGUUCUGAAGCUCAUGUCCACUGUGAUCAGAUUUCACCAUCUGCCACUGCUUAUGGUUGUAGAAGUUUCUCCUCAGCCUCUUCCCUGCAAGCCAUGUAGCGUGUUGCUGCUGCUGCUUCUAAACUAUUUGCAUCCCCAUGAGCCAGCUGCUGUAGCAAUCCUUGUACAGAAUUUCUUAAGCACUUCUUUUGCAAAAAAAGAAGGGAUUAUUUUUGUUCUGCUUGGCAGCCCAUGAGUGAUAUUUCAGUGUGUGGAUGAGGUGUGCUCCCUGGAGUGCUCACCUCACUGGGCAGCUCUCAGACCAGGUCAUACUACCAGGGCUGGGGUUAGUGGGCUGAGAUCCCCCAGUGCCUGGUGCUUCCUUGCAUGGAGUUCAGCCAGUUGCCAGCUAGGAACAUGCCAGGGGAAUCAGCAGCAGCAUGGCACAGAUGGGUGAUGCUGCACAUGUGGCUCCAAGGUUCUGCUCCGCAGCUGCCUGUGGUUUGUGGUCUGUCCUCCAGGCCCCCCAGUACAGCAGGAGCAUUUCUCCAGCUCCAGGUGUGGCAAGAGGGGCUGGGAGGCUCUGGAUUUUGGAAUUGAGCACAGAGUUUGUGCCCUUUAAAUUGUGACUUGUGCUGUGUUCAUGGCCAGAACUUGCCAGCGUGCGGGGGUUCAGCCAGCCCAGCAGUUCUUCCGCUUUGGAUCCAAGUUCCCUGCCCUGUCUAGAAGCUGGGCCUUUGGCCAUGGCUCAAGGGAUCCCUGGGUAUGGAGAGCAGGUUUGUCUCUCAGCUCCAGCUGGGCAGUGUGACUCCAGCUGAGCAGCUUCCCGGGCAGGAAGGCAGGUUCUGGUGGGAGGAUCCUUUUUUUGACUGUGGUUGGCAGGGUUGGUUCUGAGCUGUGGAGCACCGGCUGCUCAGCCAGGCUGGUUGGUUUUUGUGGAAGUGACAGUUUCUUUUUCAGUCUUCAAAAGGGCACUGGCCUCUUUGCUCCUGUGCUCAGAUGGGGAUGGCCUUGCAGGAGUUAAGGUGGCCCAUGGGGAGGACAGCAGUUUUGGGAUAUCUGGCACCUUCCUGACAAUGCUGCAGCCCUCAGCUUUGCCAGCUACCUGGGCUGGCACAACCUGUGGAGAGCCCAGCAGGGCAGGAUGCUCCUGAGCCCUCACAUUCUGGACUCUGCUAGAGAGCACCAUGCUAGGGUUUCCCUCUCCUUGCAGCCUGUUCUGCCUGGAGCUGGAUGCUGUUAGGAAGGUGCCAGGUGUCUUGGAGGAAUGUUGUCCCAGAAGACAUGAGAGGCUAGCCUUUGUCACCAGGUCAUCCCUGAGUGUGGAAUGAAGCUUGUCUGUAGUUGGGACACUGCUGGAACUUGCAGGUUGGCCAGCAGCUGCCUCCAAAGCCAUGGUGCUGAGGCCAGACCCCUCCCUUUGCUUAGGAGCACUAAGGAAGGCUGGUGAAAAAGCAAGAAGCUGGGAGUAGGGAAAGCUAAAAAUGCCAGCAGCACCUGGACAGCCAGCAGCCUGCUGCUUCUGUGUCUGCUGCAGAAGAUGUGCAAAAGUGGAGCCAAGGCUGUGGCUUUUCACAUCACUGUCUUCCCUCCAUCCCUGCCUGGCCACAGAGCUCCCCCUACCCUGCCUGGCAGCAGUACAUGCACACUGGUGCUGCAGGGGAGUGGGAGUCCUUUUGGAGCAGGUACCCCCCAACCCUUCAUUCCCAUCCUUCAUCAGUCUCACAAUCUGGCACUGCUCAUGUGGCCUCCAAAACACCUUCCCCAGAGAGUCCUUUAAAGGCCUUAUUAUCGUCUGGGACUCUCUCCUUAUUGUCUUAAUUAGCCCUUUCCAUUCCUGUGUUUCUGUGGCUACAGGCAGCCCCUGUGAGUGUCUGGUGAUUCCCACAGACACAGGCACAUGGUGCUGUUUGAAAAGAGAAGGUGCUGCAGAGCUACCCCCCGAAAUACCUCCCCUCCUGCCCCUGCUGCACCGCCCUGCCCGGGCCAGGACUGGGACAAGAGGAGUGUCAGUGUUUGUUCAUGGUGGGGAAGGCACUGUGUGAUGCCCUCUCUCCUCCUGGGUCCUGGUGCAGCUCUCCUGAGCUGAGGAGGAGCAUUUCCUGAGCACAGGCAUGGCAGCUGCUCUGAGUGACACGGGGGCUCUGGGUGGGCACUGCCCAGCCACUCUCUGCCAACCAGCAUCUCCAUGAGAGCCGACUCCACACAGCUGCACCGACCUGCUCCAGCUGAGAGCAGCACCAUGGGCUCUGCUGUGGCAUUCCUUGGUGUUGGGGCAUCCUGAGAAAUGCUGGGGAGCAGCAACUGCAACCUGCAGGACAAUGACCAUCUUGUUCUUGAGUGAACUUUUUACUGUUUCAUUUGUUUGUGUAGAAUGUUUCUGAAGUUCUAAUAAUAUUUAAUGUUAAUAUGAAGCUGGGCUGUUCCACACUCAACGUUGUAUAUUUUGGAAUGGCAUUGCUUAGUGAAAAGACAGCAUUAGUAUUAUUCCACUCUUUGGAAGGGAAUGGGACAAAAAACAGACUGUCAUUUUUCUUAAAUGAAGUGAAUUUUGUUAUGAAGUCCUAGCAGGUGUCCAGCCCUUCAGUAAAAUGGUGCUCAGAACCAC